AUGCCCGGCAUGGCCAUGGGCGGUGCCCUACAGGGGGCACUGCCAGCAGGCCGGCGAAUCACGGAUGCAGCAUGUGGAGAGCUGAUGAAAGGCUACGCCGUCCUGCCCGGCGCCGCCGGUGUACAGUUGUCGGCAGGAGUGCCUGCCUUGCCACCGGGCUGGGAGCAGGCGGUAGACCCGGCAAGUGGCAAGGUGUACUACGCCAACAGAUCGACGGGCGAGACGAGCUGGAUACCUCCUGCCGCCGCUCCGACCCAGUUGCCCCCAAUGCUGCUGGCACAGACUGCGCCGGCAGCGGCUUUGGCCGCAGCGCCAGCGCAGACAAGCAUACCUCAGACUGCACCCGCCACCGCCGCCACCGCUCCCGCAACGGAAGCGGCGACUGCACCAGCUUCCGAGCCGGCGACUGCACCAGCAGAAGCUCCUGCGGAGGCGCAGGCAGAUGGUGCGACCGCGGCUCCUGCAGAAGCAGGAGCCCAAGCUCAACCAGCAGAGGCACAGCCCGCGCUUCCUGCUGGAUGGGAGCAGGGCGUGGAUGCGACGAGUGGCAAGACGUACUACUACAAUCGGGCGACCAACCAAUCGAGCUGGACGAUUCCCACAGCUUAG